AUUCUAUGGCAAUCAAUGCAUCAACUAAUUUGAUAGCUGUGCAAACCACAAAUGCUAUAAAACUAAUAGAUCCUAAGACUAGCUCCAUAUUAUAAACCAUAGAAUCAGACAUCAAAACCAUCUGCUUCUCCAAUCAAAGUAUUCUGAUUUUCUCAUCCAAAAAUAUGUUAUCUUGUUUCGAUUACUAGGGACUUGAAUUAUGGAAGUAACAUAUAGGAGGAGAAUCUUCUAUUGUUUUUGCCUUUGAAUACCAUUCAAUCUACGGCAUCAUUUAUGCUAAUAAAGAUUUUAGGAUAUACACAUAAAUUUAAGAAUUGAAAUCUACUCUUGAUUUUGUAGCCAAGGAGAUCAACAAAGUUUAUCAUUAUUAAUAAUAUUUGUUGGUUGUGGAUGACUUAUAAAAUAGUAAACAUAUUCUAAUAAUUAGAUGUUAAUUUAUUUCUUUUGGAUGAUAUUGUUCUGUUGAAAACUAAGCCUUUUAAGGUAUUCACUGGAAAUAAUUCUGCAAUUAAUGACUUUGUAUUCAAAAAUGUCCUUGCUACUAUUUCCAAGGAUAAAGAAUUGAUCAUUUUUGAUGUAGCAACAACCCAAAUGUAUUUACAUCAUCUAAAUCAAUAGAAUAUUUUAAACACAAUUAGAUUCAGAACCAUUAGCAUUAGACAUUGAUCUUGAUUACGCUUAUGUUGGAUGUGUUAAUAAGAACAUUUAUUAAAUUAAAUACAAUCAAUAAUCAAUUAAUUACACAAUUCAACCAACGACAUAAAUAAAUAAAAGAAAAUUACUCAUAGGUCAUUUAAGUGAAAUUAAAAGUGUUAAAUUAUUUUUUGAAGACGGUCACAAUUUUAUUACUAGUAAUUCAGAUGAUGGUUAGAUUUUUAUUUGGCAAGUUGAUGGUAAUUAAACUACUCUUUCUAGAAAGAUAGUUACACUUCAAGCUCAAAAAGUUUAUGUUGUUAAAAGACCUUAGGAACAUCAAUUAUAAAGUGAGGAGUAGAUUCUCUUUAAAUCCAAGAGAUUGCUACAGACUAAACCAUUAAAGAAAGCUAAGUAUACAUCUAAUUAAUUGAUGAUUUGUAAAAAGAGAAUUUAGAAGUUUAAAUUAGCUUUCAAUUUUACAACCUAACAACCAUAGAAUGUGAUUGAUCCUUAAAUCAAUUAAAUCAUUGAGGAAAACCAGAAAUUAAAAUAGAUAAUUCAUUAAUUGUUGUGA